AUGGUAAAGGUUCGUGCAGGUAAUGCCGACAAGGAGCCAGAAGCCGCAAGGAGUUCCAAGCACCACCACCACCACCAUCACUGUUCAGAGUGUAAUGCUACAUCGGGUGCCCCUUCUCAUCACACCUCCUCUCAUCAUGCUUCUUCUCAUCACACCUUGACUCCUCAUCGACACCAUGAUUCUACUAGCUACUAUACGCCAACUCCAGCUGCGACUCCCAGUUCUUCUUCAUCGAGUCCACGGACUACUUCUACUUCCCCACCAACAAACAACGCCGGCGGCACCACUCCAGCAGACGAUAUCGCCGCAUAUCUCAAGGCUCACAAUGACCUUAGGAACAAGCAUAAAGCUGUGGCCCUGGAAUGGAAUGAGACAUUAGCUGACGCUGCGCAAACUUGGCUUAACAAGUGUGUGUGGGAGCACAGCGAAGGAGCGGUCGGACCCUAUGGGGAAAACCUAGCCGCUGGAACCGGUGACUUCCCCAUUCCAGCGGCCAUGAAGCUCUGGAGUGAUGAAGAGCCGGAUUAUAACCCAUCCAAUCCACAGUAUUCACAUUAUACUCAAAUGGUGUGGAAUAGCACUAGGCAAAUUGGUUGCAGGGUACAUAGCUGUGAUUUGUCAAUUUUCCCUUCUGACUCUUGGGUGAGUACAUUGUUAUUCGCGGAAUAUUACCCAGCAGGCAAUAUCGAGGGCGAAUUCUCGUAG